UCUACUCUAGAGUCGACGUUAGACCGGUCAGUGACUACACGGUUAUCGAGAUCUUGUAUAAAAGUAUUAAAUUUACAAAUAAACACCACACAGCCACUUCCUGAACAUACGAUAUUCAAGAUGUCCAUAUUGCGGGCUAUUGCGGUGUUCCUAUGCGGGUUACGGCUAUGCAGAUCACAAUUGGCUUUCCCAGGAAACUGUCCAGAUAUUAGCGCGAUGGUGGACUUUGAUCCUACUCGGUACACGGGAAAAUGGUAUGAAGCUGAGAAGUAUUUCUUCUUAUUUGAGUUCGGGGGCAAAUGUGUGACGGCCAAUUUUGAAACCAAGGACGAUGGAAUUAUGACAGUAACCAACAAACAGCUAAGUAGUUUCACGGGCAUACAAUCAGAGAUUGACGGCGAAGCUACCCAGAUAAGCCGAUCAGACGAGGGCAAGUUGUCCGUUCGUUUUCCCUCACUACCCGUCAACGUUGCGGCACCAUAUUGGGUCGUAGAUACUGACUACGAUAACUAUUCUAUUAUUUGGAGUUGCAAUGACUUCGGACUCUUCCAUACUCGUAACUCAUGGAUAUUGACCAGAGAAAGAAAUCCACCGCUAUCAGUAAUGGAGAAAGUCUACAAAUCACUGGAUAAGAACAAUAUUAACCGCUCUUAUUUCCUCAGAACAGAUCAGUCUAAUUGCGUGGAGGAUGAUAAGUAAAAUCAUAAAAUGAUCAUGAAUUAAUCAGCUACAUAUAUUGAAACAUUUUCGUAUUUAGAACUGUUGUUAUUUCUAAUAGCUUAGAAUUUUUAUCAAUCUAUUUGAAAUAACAACAGACAAAUCCAAAAUGAAAAUGCUAUGUACGAUUUUUAUAAGAAAUGAACCCUAGUACUUAAUAUUUUCAUGCAUUUAUUAUUGUUAAGGAGAUACGAGCUUCCAUUUUCAUGACCAAUAUUUUUAAUUAAAUGCUUAUGAAAAUGGACGCGUCGUACUGUAAGAUUUAAACAUUUUAUAAUAUCAUAGUAUAUAAUGUAAAUUCUAUGAAUAUACUAUUAUUGAUG